CAAAUCUCCACAAUAAGAACUUUCAUGGGUGACAUCACUUUUAUUUCGGCUAAACCAUAUUCCGUCGGUUCACUGUUUUUUUCUACCUCAAUUGUCUUGACUACGUACUAUCACACUAUACAUAAACAUGAUGAGCGAAGAAACAGAGAAUACAAACAUAAAGAUUGAACCCAAUACUUCAGAAACACUAACAGCAACUGCUUUGGAAGUCGUGCAAGAAGAUACUUCCAACGAUCAUCUCUCAGCUGAGCAACGCUCUCAAAUGGUGAAAUUCAUUGCCUCACCAGUGCACUGUAAAUUAUUUGUGGAAAAGAUCUCCAUCAAAGGUGAUUCAGAGUAUAGAAAAGCAGAGAUCAUCUUGGCAAGAGAAACAAACAAGAAACCGUCUACACUGGAAUACUAUGUUCAUUAUGUAGAAUUCAAUAAACGUCUAGAUGAAUGGGUACCUUUUCAAAGACUGGAUUUUAGUAGAGGUGUCGAGUUUCCUAAGCCCAACAAUAAAAAGACAAAAAAAGGUGCUGCAGAUACAACAAGCAGAGGCUCUACACCACAAUCCAACAUGAUGAAAAAGAGGCUCGAGAGUGAAGUGAAUUUACCUGGUGAGGAGAUUAUUGGAGAAGAAAUCGUGCUGGGAGAAGAAGAUGAAGAGGAAGAGGAAGAAUUUGAAGAGGAAAAAGAACCGAGGACUGCAGAGGAUGAGUUCUCUAAAGAAGAAGAGAUAGAAAAAUUAAGGACGUCAGGAUCAAUGACACAAAACCUAAGUGAAAUUGCUAGAGUGAAAAAUAUGAAUAGAAUUCAAAUGGGAGAGCAUGAAAUUGAAACAUGGUAUUUUUCACCUUACCCAAAAGAAUACGCUUAUUGCGAUACACUAUACAUAUGUGAAUUUUGUCUGCUAUAUUAUCAGUCACAUAAACAACUAGAACGACAUCGGACAAGGUGUCAAUUACAACAUCCACCAGGAAACGAAAUUUAUCGAAAAGACGAUAUUUCAUUCUUUGAAAUUGAUGGUAGAAAACAAAAGACUUGGUGUAGAAACCUGUGUUUACUAUCAAAAUUAUUUUUGGAUCAUAAAAUGCUGUAUUAUGAUGUUGAUCCAUUCUUAUUUUACUGCAUGACAAAGAGAGACGAAUUGGGAUGCCAUUUGAUUGGCUACUUCUCAAAAGAAAAGGAAUCCGCUGACAAUUAUAACGUUGCUUGUAUUUUAACACUACCUCAAUAUCAAAGACAUGGUUACGGUAAAUUAUUAAUCGCUUUCUCUUAUGAACUUUCUAAAGUCGAAGGUAGAACUGGUUCUCCUGAAAAACCAUUAUCGGAUUUGGGUCUCAUGUCUUAUCGUGCUUAUUGGACCGAUACAAUCGUCGGUUUCUUACUAUCAACAAACGAAGAAGUGACUAUAGAAGAAAUAUCUCAAAAGACCGCUAUUACCACUCAGGAUAUUUUACAUACGCUCCAAAGUAUCGGCGCAUUAAAAUAUUAUCGCGGUCAACAUAUCAUCUGUCUUGGUGAUAAAGUCGUUGAACAAUGGGAAAAGAUUCAACAAAAGAAGAAGCGUGUUAUCUCUCCUGAGAAAUUGGACUGGAGACCUAUUCACUUUACUUCUUCCCAAUUAAGAUUUUUGUAACUUUCUUUAUAUAUAUAAUAGUAAUAAUAAUAAUAAUAAUGGUGGUAAUAAAAUUAGCGAGGCUAUUUCUUUUUUUUUUCUCCCA